GGAUCUAUUUCGCCUUCGCACAGGUCUUCCGAAAUGACGUAGAUAUUUCCGGGAUACAAACAAACGUGUUUGUAACAUAACUAGCGUUAAUUCGUUGAAAACUAUAUCGCGCCAGAGUUUAUAUGUUAUACAUUCAUAAUUAAUGUUUCACUUAGUAGUACUUAUACAAUUAUUUACAGUAUCGUCGCUAGAAGCCAAAGCGAAUAGAGGGCCUGGCUUCACGUGACCCUAUCAUUUUCCGUUCCUUGCGUUUUCUUCCUCCGACCGCUCUUUUGCUAUUCUCCGGGCCCACGUGUGGAUUGUGGUCGAACCGAACCCGUUUGGGCCAGCUGCAAAUCCGAUCAAGCACCAAAACAGAACCAUUGACACCAUGGCUUCGUCGUUCGAGCAGAUGAGGGCGAAUGUGGGAAAACUGCUACGAGGGAUUGACAGGUAUAAUCCGGAGAAUUUAGCCACGUUGGAACGUUACGUUGAAACGCAAGCAAAAGAAAAUGCUUACGAUUUGGAAGCCAAUCUCGCUGUUCUCAAAUUGUACCAGUUCAACCCAGCCUACUUUCAGACAACAGUGACCUCACAGAUUCUGCUCAAGGCCCUGACCAACUUGCCCCACACCGACUUCACUUUGUGCAAGUGUAUGAUUGACCAGACACACCAGCAGGAGGAGCGUCCGAUAAGACAGAUCCUGUACCUGGGCAACCUCCUGGAGACAUGUCACUUCCAGUCCUUCUGGUCGAGCCUGGAGGAGAACAGAGAACUCAUCGAUGGAAUCACAGGGUUUGAGGACUCUGUCCGCAAGUUCAUAUGCCACGUGGUGGGGAUCACCUAUCAGAACAUUGAGCACCGGCUCCUGGCCGAGAUGUUGGGCGAUCCUCUUGACACCCAGGUGAAGGUGUGGAUGAGCAAAUAUGGCUGGACAGAGAGUGAGGAUGGACAGAUCUUCAUCUUCAACCAGGAAGAGAGCGUCAAACCCAAAAACAUUGUGGAGAAGAUCGACUUUGAGAGUGUGUCAAGUAUCAUGGCUACAUCCCAGUGAUCCGCGCAUUAAUUGGUGCACGCAAACAUUCAGAAGACAGGACCUCCAGGCUUUUUACCACCCAUUUCAUUUUCUGUACGGAUACCUUUCACAAUAAACCAUUUAUCUAACACAAAGAAA